GAACAGCUGUUUAUCUCCACUCUGAUUCCUGUCAGCAGCAGGAGGAGGUGAAGAGCAAUGACCUGGGUGUCACUAACACCACCAUCACCUCUUGCAUCACUAACCACAAUGAAAGCAUUUCCCCAGCAUUAGCAAAAGCAGCAGCCACUGCCUUGUGUUUCCCAGUGUGGCAUCAGCAGGAGCUUGCACCAUGGGGCUCUCCUGCACGCACCACCUUCUCUUGAUGCUGCUUGGUUUGUGGUGGCCAGGUUUGGCAUGGCAUCGGGUGGGAGCAGCUCAGGUCCGGGAACACUACAUAGCCGCAGAGACUACCAGCUGGAGCUACAGACCCCAGUCCAAAGAACUGUCCAGAUUAGACAAAUCAGAGCCUGUGUUUAAGAAAAUUGCCUAUCGAGAGUAUGAAGCAGAUUUUCAGACAGCAAAACCAAGAGAUACUUUCUCAGGACUUCUGGGACCAACUCUGCGGGCUGAAGUGGGAGACACUUUAGUAGUUCACUUUAAGAACAUGGCCAACAAACCGCUGAGCAUUCACCCACAGGGCAUUGCUUACAACAAACUGUCGGAAGGUUCCCUGUACGCUGACAGAACAUCUUCUUUUGAAAAACUGGAUGAUGCUGUGCUUCCAGGCCUGGUGUAUAAAUACACGUGGGAGAUCACUGCAGAAAUUGGGCCUAAAGAAGCCGACCCACCCUGUCUCACCUAUAUCUAUUACUCACAUGAGAACAUGGUGAUGGACUUUAACUCCGGUCUGAUUGGAGCAUUGCUUAUAUGUAAAAAAGGAAGCCUGAAGGAAGAUGGGACACAGAAGCUGUUUGACAGAGAAUAUGUGUUGAUGUUUGCUGUGUUCGAUGAAAGCAAAAGCUGGCAAAAAUCAACCUCUCUCCUGUACACGAUUAAUGGUUACGCUAAUGGGACAUUGCCAGACCUAGGAGCUUGCACAUACGAUAACAUUAGCUGGCAUUUGAUAGGAAUGAGUUCCAAGCCAGAGAUUUUCUCCAUCCAUUUCAAUGGGCAAGUCCUGGAACAAAAUCGUUGCAAGGUCUCGACUGUCAACCUUGUGGGAGGUGCAUCGACCACAGCAAACAUGACUGUGAGCCAGAAAGGAAGGUGGCUGAUAUCUUCUCUUGUCCAGAAGCAUCUGCAAGCUGGAAUGCACGGUUACCUCAACAUAGAAGAACAUGCCGGGAAAGACGUGUUCAAUAAGAUAUUCUCCUUUAAGGAACGGCGUAUGAUUAAGGACUGGGAAUAUUUCAUUGCUGCGGAAGAAAUCACCUGGGAUUAUGCUCCAGAAAUUCCAGAGACCAUUGAUAGGCAAUAUAAAGCUCAGUACUUGGACAACUUCUCAAAUCUCAUUGGGAAGAAGUAUAAAAAGGCUGUUUUCAGGCAGUAUGCAGAUGCCAACUUCAAUAAGCGUCUGGAGACUCCCCGGCCCAAGGAAAUGGGAAUUUUGGGCCCUAUUAUCAGAGCUCAGGUUAGAGACAUAAUCAAGAUUGUGUUCAAAAAUAUGGCCAGUCGACCCUACAGCAUUUACCUCCAUGGAGUGACGCUUUCAAAGGAUGCAGAAGGAGCCACUGACCCCCUGGAUUCCACAGACAACAGCACUCUGAGUAAAGCUGUUCAACCGGGGGAAACCUACACGUAUAAAUGGAGCAUUGUGGACACCGAUCAGCCCACUGCACAGGAUGCCCAGUGUCUAACGAGAUUAUAUCACAGUGCUGUAGAUGUAACCAGGGAUAUAGCCUCUGGACUGAUUGGCCCACUUCUGAUUUGUAAAAGUGAAGCACUGGACAAGAGGGGUGUGCAGAAAAAGGCAGAUGUAGAGCAGCAGGCCGUGUUUGCCGUGUUUGAUGAAAACAAGAGUUGGUACUUGGAGGAUAACAUCAAGCAGUACUGCAGCAACCCCUCCAGCGUUAAAAGGGAUGAUCCCAAGUUCUACAGGUCUAACGUAAUGCACACAAUAAAUGGCUACAUGUCUGACAGAACUGAAAUCCUUAGAUUUUGCCAUGACGAUAUUGUGCAGUGGCACGUCUCCAGUAUUGGCACCCAGGAUGAGGUAGCGUCCAUACGCUUUUCUGGUCACACUUUUUUGACUCGAGGGAAGUAUGAAGAUGUACUGAAUCUUUUUCCCAUGAGUGGAGAAUCGGUCACUGUAGAAAUGGACAACGCUGGUACGUGGCUUUUUGCAUCCUGGGGUUCCCCUGAGAUGAGCCAUGGCAUGAGGCUGAGGUUUAAAGAUGCCAAAUGUGAAAAAGAUGUAGAUUAUUAUUCCGAUGAGGAUGACUCGUACAAAAUCAUACAUUUCUCCUCUGAGAAGACUUUUAAAAAUGUGCCUGUCACCUCACCCCAAACUGGAGGAGAAACAGGAGAAACAUCAGAAAAAAACCAGCAGUCUUCUGAUGAUUUUGAUUACCAAGAUUUUCUGGCCUCAAGUUUGGGACUUCGGACAUUUAGGAAUAAAUCAAUGGUCCAGGAAGAAAUGCAGAAUCUUACUGCUCUGGCCAUAGAUGAGAACUUUGGCACCAGCACUAAAAGUGCUGAUGUGGCUGCUGGCUCAGAUCCGCCAUUCAUGGAGAACAGUGAUACCUUGGACACUGAUGUGCUCUGGGAAACACAAAGCACUGCUCCUCUCCCAACCAAGGCUGGGUUCCUCCAUAAAGAUUACAUAGUGGCAGCAGAAGAACAUUCACUGCCAGUCACCACAACAGUGAGUCCUGACUUGGCAUCUGAAGCUGGAAACCAAAGUGACUAUGAAGCAAAUCAGAGUCAGAUGUCAGGAAAUUAUGAGAAAACACUUGCAGGUGAACUACUGAGGACCAGGGAAGAAGCCCAAACAAAAGAUGCAGCAGAACUGUUACCUCACAGAGGGGACAGCAUGAAGUCCUUCUUUGCAACACUCUAUUCAGAGGAGCCGCAAGAGGAAAAUUCACGAGGAGAAUACAAUUUCAGUAGAAAUAGGGAAAGGCGAGACCUGAUGGAGACUAAGUUUUACGCCAUUAAAAAGAUGCGAGCCCUCUUCGAUCGUAUACAGCAAAAUAAAAGUUUUUCCUCUCUUGGCAACACCAGUUCAGACAGAGCAUCUCUUUCUGCUCACCAUGCAGAGAAUAUCUCCAGUUCAGAUAUAUUAGGGACUGACCAACUUACAAAUGAAUAUGUUGAAGACCAGGGCGUGGAGGAGGAAGAAGAGGAGGAAGCCAAGAAAGAAAAUGCUGAAUUUCCCAAACAUGCAGAUAACUUGACUUUUGCUGUGGGACACAGGGCAGAAAACAAUGAGUUAAACAUGUUCAAUCUCCCGGACUUAGAACUACCCAAAGAUAAACAAGAAAGAAAUUUUACUCUAGAUUAUGCAUCGGAUAUCUUAAUUCCUACUCGCAGCCCGGUGGAGACAAAGGACAUGCUGGGAAAGCUGUCGCCAAGGGGUAUGAAGUCUUCAUCUAAAAUUAUGAAUGAGGAAAGGAAUUUGGCCUCUGGGAAGGAGAGUUAUGGGAUGGAGACAAAUUCAGCUCAGGCUAUUGAUACAUUCCAGAAUCAUUCCAGAAAUGCUACAAUGCCUACAAGAGAGAGUGUAUCCCUGAAUAAGAAGAAGCAAGGAAAAUUCAAAGGCUACUCACAGUUUACAGAGGGUCAUUGGAAAGUAAGCAGCAAGCAUCCAACUCUGAAAGAGAGAAAUGUGAAUGGUACCUUGAGUACAUCUGUGACUCGCAUCAAGACCCGAAGGAGGAAAAAAGAUAAUCAAAAGUAUAGUAGUCUCUCAUUGACACCCAGAGGUGUGAGACCCCCAAAGAUACCUGGAGAGCAAAACUGCACAUUAUUGUCCAGUGAGGCCAACCACACAGUGUCCCUUUGUGAGACCAACAAUACAGCAUUGCCCAGUGAGGCCAACCUCCUGGUUUUGCCAAGCAGGACUAACUACACGCUGACCCCAAGACAAUUUAAGCCAGUCAUCAUAGGGCUUCCCAGUGGGAAUGGGGACUACAAGGAGUAUGUACCAGGAGGCUCUGAUAGUGAGGAAAUUGCAGAUAACCUAUAUUCAUAUGAAUACGCAGACUUCAAUGAUCCAUACACAACAGACCCCAGAUUCAACAUUAAUAAUGUCCGUAACCCUGAUGACAUUGCUGUGCAUUAUCUACGUAGCAGAGGGAACAUGAGGAGAUACUACAUCACAGCCGAAGAGGUCAUCUGGGACUAUGCAGGAUUAAAGAAAAGCACAAUGAGGAAUGACAGAACCAGCCAUGAUGGGGGCAACACCAUAUACAAAAAAGUGAUUUUCCGAAGCUAUGUGGAUAGUACCUUUACAACUCGGGAGCCUGAAGGGGAGUAUGACGAACAUCUGGGUAUCCUGGGUCCUGUUAUCAGGGCUGAGGUAGAUGAUGUCAUCCAAGUUCAUUUUAAAAAUCUGGCAUCCAGACCAUAUUCCCUCCAUUCCCAUGGGCUUUUCUAUGAGAAAUCCUCUGAGGGAAGGAGUUAUGAAGAUGAGUCUCCAGACUGGUUCAAAAAGGAUGAUGCAGUUCAGCCAAAUGACACCUAUACCUAUGUAUGGUUUGCAACCAAGCGGUCUGGACCUAUACAACCUGGGGCAGCCUGUAGGUCCUGGGCCUAUUACUCCGGUGUAAACCCGGAGAAAGAUAUUCACUCAGGCUUGAUUGGUCCAAUCUUGAUUUGUCAAAAGGGAACCCUCAGUACAAGUAACAGGCCAGUAGAUACCCGAGAGUUUGUCCUGCUUUUUAUGGUCUUUGAUGAAGAGAGAAGCUGGUACUUCAAUAAGCAUUCCAAAAAGACUUACACUGAGAAGACCUCAGAAGUGCAAAAAUACCAUAAAUUCCAUGCCAUUAAUGGGAUCAUAUAUCACUUGCAAGGACUGAGGAUGUAUAAAGAUGAACUGGUCCGAUGGCACUUGUUGAAUAUGGGCGGGUCAAAAGAUAUUCACGUGGUUCACUUUCAUGGUCAGACCUUCACAGAAGUCCCUGGGCAUCAGCUUGGUGUCUAUCCUCUCCUUCCAGGCUCAUUUCGAACUAUUGAAAUGACCCCAUCAAAAGCUGGCAUGUGGCUUUUAGACACCGAAGUGGGGGAAUAUCAGCAAGCUGGAAUGCAGGCCUCCUUUAUCGUUGUAGAAAAAGGUACUGAAUCUAAUCAUGAUCAUUCUAAUAUACAGGAGUCUAGUUACAAAGUUCUCUCUCCCUUUCAGGGCAUGGGACAGUAAUGGCGGAAUAGAAUCUGAAUUGAGGAAAUGGCUAUAUUAUAAAGGGGGAGCUCAUGGAGUGAUUAUAGUAAAUUGAAUUUUAAAAGAAGUGUUGUAUAGCAUUCAAAGUACUAACUUUACAUUCGUUGAUUCCCUAAAACCACCUAUGAAUUCU